GCUCAGGUUUAUUUGACCACAACCUAUUUCAACGGUUAUAUUGACAAUUUACAAGUAGUAACACGAGCAAAAUCAGCUACAGAAAUUCUAUAUGAUGCAUCAUUGAUUGCUUAUUAUUCAUUUGAUCUACCUUAUCCGAACAAUGAUAACGGCCCAAAUGGAUUAAACGGAACAUCAGCCAAUACAGCAACGGUUAUUGGUCGUGUCAAUCAAGCAAUGCGCUUUACCGGUUCAUCGUCCUAUUUUCAAGCAUAUGGUUUUUAUCAAAUAGUUUAUGGCGUUAAUACAAACGGACCAUUUUCAAUUUCUUUGUGGAUAAAUCCAUCGGUGAUGAUCACUUGCGCAUUUGUCCAAGUAUCAACAACUCAAUCGGGCGGCACAUGUACUAAUCUACUGGGUAUUUAUUCAGCUGCUGGCGUGUCGGGUCAAAUUAUUGCACAAGCACAAUCUUCGGCAACAAUAUUUGGUCCAUAUGUAACGGCAAGUUCGAUCGACGAAAUCUACGUUCACAAUCGAGUACUGGCAGCCUCCGAAGUUUAUACGCUUGCUAAUCCGUGA